GGAACUCCGACCUGCGGCACUACAGUAGAAAACCUCGAUUAACCUAGUCAGCGCUAUUCCGUAUUUUUCUUUUCCUGGAAUUAUAACCCAACGGUAAUAUAGUGGUUGGCUUGGUCUUGUCGCUAGACUGACCUUAGUAUUUACCCCAUUAGAAUCUCGUUAGAAGCACAUCGACGGGACGUCCUUCGCUGUCAGCCACCACACCACCCCAAUUCGACUUGGGUAUAUUGCGUUGGCAUGACUGAACCACAGGCACCUCCGUCGUGCCCACGAUGCUCCCUAAGUUUCACGAAAGUAUCGUCGCUAACAAGACACCUCAAGCGCUGUGUCCAUGGUCGCAAGCCUCCGCCGCGACAGAAAGUUUGCAAGCAAUGUUCCGGGGCCAAGUUGCGCUGUGAUCAACAACGACCGGCUUGUGGUAGAUGUCGAUCGCGCGACCUUGACUGCCAAUUCUUAUCGAGAGACGGUGAAGCGCUGCCGCCAGUGACAACGCAGCGGCGUGCUGUUCCGAGAACUGCUUUACGAAUACAACCCGAAAAUGAAAAUAGGUUGUUGUCGGCGACUGGAAUAGCAGCGCCAUCAUGUGUCGCGGCUAUUUCAUUAACGGCACCACAAUGUGAUUCCCUGUGGACAGGUCAUUCGCGAGAUGUAGCCUCGUCAGAAAUCACUGCGUCGGACCCCAGUGGCGAUACUAGCCCGGGAAUGCUUGAGUUAACGAGCACAAACGAUACGCAAUACGAAAUUCUACCCGAAAUGCAGAUUUCUGAAGCUCGACGGCGCGUCCUCCUUUGGGGUAUGGGUUCCCAGAGCACCUCAAACACCGAUAACCCCGCCACACGUCACACAAUGCAUUUCGUAAUUCGUGUGCUCAUGUCGUGGCCGCGCAUUUUGGCAUCUUACUCCGCGGAUCACCUUCCCCCGAUGGUUCACAGGCUCCAGCUAGGAACGGCAGGGAAUGAAGAACUUCCGGGGCCGCUCUCCAACUGCCAUACCCUAACCAAAAUGUGGACAGACCAUACCCGGGGAAGUCGCCAGCUCGUUCGGAAUACUAUAAUCCAAGAGAUCAGGAGACUACUUCACGAGCACCGUGUAUAUAGCGAACUUGAUCUGCUAGCGGCGACUCAGUCCCUUCUCAUGCUGCUCAGCAUUGUACUCUUCGGCCUCGGCAGGCCUGAAUCAGGUGACUCAUCGACUUCUCCGCCACACUUGGUAGACGAGCCGCAGCUCCUUGUCGCAGUCUGGGACGUCAAGCACAAACUCGCAAUGACGGGCCUGUUCCUUGGGCAAGAAGCGCAUCACGGCCCAUCACAUCCUUCUUGGUGCGACUGGGCUUUCGUGUCAGCCAAGAGAAGGACGAUUCAAGGGCUUCAUCAUCUGGAAUGGGCUUGGUCAGUAUUUUUUGGCUACCCUGUUUUAACCUGUUUUGAACUUGGCCCAUUACCUGCCCCCGCGGCGAAAUUUCUUUGGCAGGCUACCAAUGAGAGUAAAUGGAAGCGGCUCUACGGCGAGUGGCUAUGGCGUUGGAGGGAAGGUGGUGGCUUCAAGAUGGCGGAAUUCUUCACCAUUAACCCGGGCGGCGAGUUGGACAUGCGGAGCGAAAUGUGGCUUGCUGAGGCGGAUGAAUUCGGUAUGAUGUUAAUGGCUGAAGGUAAAUGACUCUCUCGAAUUUCUUCGAAUUUCGUAUUUGACUAAUGCCGAACAGUCAACGCCGUUGG